GGCGAGAAGGUGCCUGACAGCGGGAGGGGGGGAGCGCUGCCCGCCCGGGGUCCCAGGGGUGACGAGCCCGGCCGGAGGCGGCAGCGCGGGCGGCGCGGGGCGGGCGGCAGCGGCCGGAGCGGGCCCCCCCGGGGGAAGCGGCCGGGUGCCCGGCCAGGCGCGCGGGGCCGCCGGGACUUGGAGCAAGUUGGGGAAAGUCUGCGGCGGGCGCUGACCUUCACGGGAGGGAGAAGCUGUGACCCGCCCCACGCGAGCGCCAUGGCAUCGCGCAUCGGCCUGCGGAUGCAGCUUAUGCGGGAGCAAGCGCAGCAGGAGGAACAGAGGGAGCGGCUGCAACAGCAAGCGGUGAUGCAUUACAUGCAGCAGCAGAUGCCGCUGGCCCCCACGCCUGCCAUCAACACUCCAGUCCAAUUCCAGUCCGCGCCGUCCGUGCCGGGAGAGGUCUUAAAGGUUCAGUCGUACCUGGAGAACCCCACCACGUAUCAUCUGCAGAAGUCACGGGACAAGAAGGUCCAGGAGUAUAUCUCUGAAACCUACGGGAAUAAGUUUGCUUCUCACAUCAGCCCCGUCCGGCACUCUCCAAAGCCUCCCCCGGCUGCCUCCCCGGGCGUCCGGCCCGGCCAUGUCAUGUCCUCUUCAGCUGGCAACAGCGCUCCCAACAGCCCCAUGGCCAUGCUCAACAUCAGCUCCAACCCGGAGAGGGAGAUAGACGAGGUCAUUGAUGACAUCAUGCGUCUGGAUGAUGUUUUGGGCUAUAUUAACCCGGAAAUGCACAUGCCCAACACCCUUCCAAUGUCCAGCAGUCAUAUGAAUGUAUAUAGUGGUGACCCCCAGCUGACGGCCUCCCUGGUGGCUGUCACCAGCAGUUCAUGCCCUGCCGACCUCACUCAGAAGAGAGACCUGACAGGUAACGCAUAUGCCGAGAGUCGUGCCUUGGCUAAAGAGCGUCAGAAGAAGGACAAUCACAACCUGAUUGAGAGAAGACGAAGGUUUAACAUCAACGAUCGCAUCAAAGAACUUGGAAUGCUGAUCCCAAAAGCCAAUGAUCUAGAUGUUCGCUGGAACAAAGGGACGAUCCUGAAGGCCUCGGUUGAUUACAUCAGGAGGAUGCAGAAGGACCUGCAGAGGUCACGGGAUCUGGAGAAUCACUCUCGGCGUCUGGAAAUGACGAAUAAGCAGUUAUUGAUCCGUAUCCAGGAGUUGGAGAUGCAGGCGCGCCUCCAUGGGCUGCCUGCCGCCUCGCCCUCCGGCGUGAACAUGGCAGAACUAGUUCAGCAGGUCGUGAAGCAAGAAGCGACUGGAGAGGACGGGUCGAUGGAGCCUCAGCAGCCCCAGCUACCUCCAGACCAGGAGACGCAGCAGCAGCUGCCGUUGCUACCUCCGUCUCCCUACCAGCUGGACUUUACCCACGGCCUGAGCUUUGACGAUGGCUCCAGAGGGUUCCGCGACCAGCUGGACCCCAGCCACAAUGUCUCUUUCCCCUCUUUAUCCAAGAAGGAGCUGGACUUGAUGCUGAUGGAGGACACCAUGUUACCUCUGGCUUCUGACCCCUUGUUCUCCGCCAUGUCCCCUGAGGCCUCCAAGGCCAGCAGUCGCAGGAGCAGCUUCAGCAUGGAGGAUGCUGACAUGCUGUGACAACGAGCCGUUCGCAGCCUGGGGGAAAGGACGAGGAGUGAGGCUUGUCUGUGAAGACACACAUCCCCCCCACCCACUCACGAGGACCCCAACCCACACUUGAGCCUACGUAGAAAUACAUUUCUCUAUGCAAGCGUUGUCACAGUCACUGGGAAAGUCAGACCCUUGUUGCUACAACUUGAUCUGCAAACUUUCUUGCUUUGCCAUGAACUGAGCGGAGCUCCCUGGCUUGGAAUGACCCUAGAUUUACAGCCCAGCUGCCUUGCCUUUCAGCUAAGCUUCCCACAAGCCGCACGCAGUGCAGGAGUGGAGGCUGGAAGCCAGGCCAUCAGGUAUGAGAAGGAGCCUUCAAGUCCCAGCGGAGGCUAACAGGGGGCUUGUCGCUCAGAGCGCCUUGCUGCAAAUGUGCAUCCAGCCAAGCUUCACCACGUGACCCACGUUCCCUCAAAGUCUUCCCCAGCCCUGGCGCUAUUGCUCUGAAGACGUCGGCAGAGGCUGCCUUGUACCAUGUUCCCGCAUUAGGCUUCCCCUUCCCUUUUUGGGCAGGGAUGUGCAGCUUUCCCAAGGGAGGGUGUGGUGUCCCUAGUCGUCAUGGAGUAGGGGAGGUGUGUUUCUCAAGGCUCACUGGGUAAGAAGGCUACAGGGGGGAAGAGGAGGAGGAGGAGGGCAAUCUGAACAAAUUAUUUGGUGAUACCAGAGGGACACUUUCAAAGCUGGGAGCAGGAGUGGGAUGCAACAGCCUCAUUUAUUUGUCACCGGGGUUUGUAAAGGCACCGGCUUUGAGAGUGGACCUACUGAGUCCCACUCAACUUCCACCCCGUGAGAGAUGGGACCGAGCCUCCAACUUCAGAAGUGGGUUCCUAACCCUCGAAAGCGUGGAGGGGGUUGGGAUGCCGUUUUGGGCCCAUCUCUGCUUCCUCUCACUCUGUUCAGAUGAAUCCCAAAACUUCCAAGUGAUAUUCAGUCAAAACCAUCAGUGUGCAACUAAACCCACACUGGUGUUUCCGGACACCAGCUUCUGGCUUUGCACCCUCACUUUUUGGUGCUGGCCAUUUUGCACUAUUAAACACUUGGGCGGCUUUUUCAAAUGCACCUGAGGGUGACCAGAGAGCGAGUGUGAAAAAUUGGGGUGGGGGGUAAUGGGCGCCUGUAUAAGACAGAGCCCCGAAUAUCAGGACUGUCCCUAUAAAAUCAGGACAUCUGGUCAACCUUGCCGGAGCGAGCCUCCCAGCCGAGGCAGACGUGCUAGCUGGGCUCACACUAGCAGGAGCUAAGAACAGUAGUGUGCUGGUUGCAUCGCGACCCAGGGGUUGAGACGAGCUUGUACUCAUUGCUGCUUUACCGUGCCAUUUACACUGGUUUUUAGUGCACUAGCUGGAGCAGAGCGAGCACAUGUUCGCCUGCCCAGGCUGGCAGGCGCACUUCCAUCUGCACCCUAGACGUGCCCUGAGUGACUUCUGACUACCGAGUAUCGCGUUGGGCUAAAUCUGAACCUGAGACCUGGAGGCAUGUGUGUGUGGGAACCUCCACUAUGAACCACACCUGGAAAGGGGGUUUGAAUGCGCCUCUGUACACUGAAACCUCCAAGUUGGGACCCUCACACCCAGCAUCCCCAGUGCCUGAACCUAGCAAAUCAAGCUCAUGGAAGGCACCCUAAAUAACUGAUUCAGUUAUCGUCAGGGUGAGCUUAGAGCCCGUCUUCCGUUAAAACACUCAGUGGGCCAAAUCCUGGCAGGCUUUGAGUGCCCUCUGCUCCCAGUAAAAUAAGUGAAAGACCUGACUGAGUUGUUUUCUUUCUCAGUCUUUACUCAGGCAAGCCACCCAUUGGGGCCAGUGGGAGGCUUUGCCUGAGUUAAGGGGCCUCUGGGUUUGGCUCAGCGUGUUCAGUGUCAUCACAAACGCGUGGAAGAUGGCCACACGAGGUCAAGUGAUCUGGAUCAAACGCUUUCUGCUGAAACAUCCAUGGGAGGGAAUUUUUCUGCCCUUUAAAGAGCACAAACCCAGCCAUGGAUAGAAGCUGGGAAAAGUUACGUGGGGUGUGGGGGGAGGGAUGGAGGGGGAAUCUGAGUUCACGGCUCAGUGAGCUUGGCUCUGAAGAGGAGGAGAACAAGGUCUCUGUUCUACAGGGUUCUCCGGCAGCACUGAGGAGCUCAGUGAUAUGGGGAAACUGGUGUUCUAAAUCUCUCGUGUAGGUGCUCCUCCAACCCAUGCCACCCUGUCUUGAGGUUGAUCCCAGAACCAAUAUCCAUUUGACGAGGAACUGCCAGGGAACAUUAAAAACAACUUCUUCCCUCCAACAA